AUGCAACUGUAUAGCGUGCUAUUAUUAUGCCCAAAGUAUAUUUCACGGCGAAACAUAUCCACUUUGCCAUAUUCUCUAAAGAUUCCACAGUGCAUUAAUCGCUUCAUUGCAUAUAUAGACGAUGUGACGGGCACCACAGAGAUUCGUGAGACUCAUGCAACGUUAAGACAGAACGAAAAGACUUUACAAAAUGCGCAAGCAUUGCGACGAAAGAAACGAGAUGAAUUAGAUAUGUUACAAUCUCGAUUAAAGGAGAUUCACUGUGAAUUAGAUAAAUUUUCUCGAGGAGAUGAUAAAUAUCUUCGUCUCCUAACUGAAGAACAUGCGGUAAUAAAAAACGAGCAGCUUUUGCUUACAGAAGUCAGAAAGGCAGAUGAAGCAGAAAAAUUUGCUUUUGAUGAAUUGUCAAGUACUCUUCGGACAAGUCACAUAAAGGAACAAGAACAGUCAACUCGAGUAAAGACAUGGACAGUCAUAGCAUCCACUCUUGGUGCGUUAUUUGGAAUCAUCGGUGCUUGGGUGGCAAAUGAAGUAAGAAUGCGCAAAAUAAAGGAACUUGUACCAAAUGCUGCAGCUCUGGUACCGUUAGUAAAACAAAUGGCGUCACUAGUGGAAAAUCAGCAAAACGAGAUAGCCUCGUUUAUCACACAUGUAAGAAAUGUGAUGCAUCUCAAGACUCCUGACGAGAUAGCAAACGUUGCGCCCAACAAAAAUGUAGAAGACGAGAUAUCUGAAAAGAUCAUCCACUUGCUGCAAGAACAGAAUAAAGUUCUAGCAAGGGAGCUAGAUGAAAUAAAGAGCCUGAUUGCAUUGGAGUUGAAUUUAAACGCCGAAAUACCCGGUGUAGUGUAUAUUGGUAGUGACCUAGAGAACCUUCUUGACAAAUCAGAAAAAAAUAUCGAAUCCAAGAUGAAAUUGCAAACACUUGUUGAAGUAGUUUUCUUGUAUACUCUUAUAACUGUCUCUAUACCAUUGAUCUAUGCUUUCUUCAAGAGCUCUUGA